AUGUUAUCAUAAAAAAAAGAGUAAUUUAGACAAGAAAUUAGAAAAUAAGGAUUGGAUGAAAUUUUUAAUUAAAAUAGGAAAAAAUUAAUGUUAAAAAAUGAUAUUCAACUAUAUUAAGAUUAGAUGAAUAAUGAAAUAAUUCACUUAUAAAAUUAAAUAGAAAUAGACUAAAAUUUUAACAUUUAAAAAUUUGAUCUUCUGAAAUCAAUAUUAGAAAGGGAUUUAACAAAUUAAACAAUAUUAUUACUAUAAUUGAUUGUAAAGAAACUUAAAGAUGCAAAACAGAUGGAGGAUUUAGAAAAUUUAUUUGAGGAUUAUCAUUUAGGAUCAAGAAUUUUGUCUAUGUGUGAAAAAGAAUAGAAUUUAGCUUACUUAGAUGAAUAACUUUAUCUACUAGGAUUAUUAUCAUAAUCAUCAUUGCUUUGCUAAGCUAAAAUGAUAUAAUUAAAAAUUGUACAAAGUUUAAAUUAGAUAAUAGAUCUUGAGAUUGAGUCAGAUGAAUACAUAAUGUCAACUAUAAUUUUUCUUAUGACUACAUUUAUUAAAUCUAAUAAUAGAAUUCCAUUUUUAAUUUUUAAAUAAUUGAUGUCAAUUUUAGAUAAAUUAUGCAAAAAAUUGAGAGGGAUAAAUUAUUUAGAUAUAGAAUUUGAUUUUGAAAAUAAUGUAAAAUAUUCAGAGAACAAACAUUCUUUAUUAAAUAGAAUACUCUUAUUUGCUCUAUAGUUUAUUGACAAAUCUCAAUUCACUACUAAUCUUACAGUCUACCAUAAUUUUUGGAUAAUACUCACAACUUUAGCAUUUAUAGUUGAAAAAUAAUAAAAAUUAAGGUAAACUGCUUUGUAAGUAAUAUCUGAGUCAAUAAAAUUAAAUGAUCAACAAUUGAAAUCUAAUAUCAUAGAAAAACAACCAGACAUAUUCUUAUAAUUAAUUACUAUAAUUGAUCAUCAUUAAUAAAAUAAUAAAGCAUAUGAUAAAUAUAUAAGAACUCAAGCAUCCAUCAUUAUCAAAUAAUUGUUAUUUGAAUAAUCUUAAUUCAUAAUCUAGAACAUUUAUUUGAAUUAAAUUCCAAUAUAAUUUUUGUUAUUAGUUUUAAAAGAAAGUAAUAAAUAUAUCUAUUAAUAUUUAGAGGAUAAACGAGUUAUCUAUCAUUAAUUAGAAGUUCUAUUUCUUUUAUGCUCAAACAGUACCUAAGAACAAUCCACUCAUUUAAUUAAUAAUGGAUUGCUAAUUCUUUUAAUAUCUUAAUAUAAAUAAAUGUAUGAAUUGCAAGAUUAUACAUUAAGUAAAUUGUUAAUUUAAUGUAAUAUAUUUAUUAAUAUAGUGACUUUUGCUGUUUUGUAACAUGAUUCUAGUGAUAAUCCCAUAUUGAAAUUUAUGAAACAAUAUCUAAUAAAUAAAUACUUAAAUGAUAUAACAAUCAAUUGUAAACAUAUAAAUACAUGUAGAAUAGCUGAUAAAUUACUUAAAUAUAUUAAAUGA